AAGGUAGCGGAAAACGGGAUUUAAAGGGAAACGGGAUGGGUGGAUAGAAAGGAGAAUAGUGACGAAGCGAAAGUAGAGGCGGCAGCUGACCGAUGGCGGAGACCACCAUGCCGGUACGCGGAUCAUCUGUGUCGCGCUUAAUGAAACUCUUGUGUUGCAGACGGAGCACGCCACAAGCAAGAAAGCGGGAGAGGCAAACCUUUUGGAGAGCAUCGUGGCAAUGGUAGCACAAGACAAGAGCGAAAAACAGCGUCUUCCGUCGACCCAUUCACACUUGUGUGUGCGGCGUUCAGGCCGUGUGUGCGUUCAUUGCUUCUUUGUACAUCACUGUUCCGCUUCUCUGCGUCGUCUUGAUCAUCGGGCGGCUUUAUUUCUCGGUGCACGUGAGUGGUUGCACUGACUGAAGUCACACGUGUGCGCGUCUGAAUGGUCUGAAAUGCGCACCAUGUGCCGUGAUUUGUCUUGUGCGAGUGCAGGCGUGUGGGUACCUGUUGCUUGUCCUGGUGUCGAUGGCUUUGCUGCCUGCCGUCGAUUCGAGGGCAUUGAGGACGUCGUGGGUCUUUCUGGCGGUUGCAAAGUACUUCUCUGCAGAGAUCUUGCAUGGUAAGAUCCGGCAUGGAAUACGCCACAUGAAUCAUAUCAUGUGCGAGUGACGUUGGGUGUUCAGACGUGCCUGCCGAGGAGCUGCUUGCGAAUCCCAAGCGCUAUCUCGUGGCGAUCGUCCCACACGGGCUCAUAUCAUUCGGCGGCUUGUCUGCCGCUGGUACGACACUCCCGAUGCCUACCUUUUCUCGAUCAUUUGUUUCAUCGAUGUCCUUUUGCUGUUGAAAAUAGCGAUGGAUCCGCCCAUCUACGGUCCUCCGCCCCCCCUCCUGACCACACACACACACACACACCCAUAUGUGUCGAUUCGAUCCAUGUGCAGGUCCCACGGCAGCAGCAGAGAUUGUCCUGAGAUUGCCGUUCCUUCGCCACAUCUUCGGCGUCUUUUCGAUGAUCCGCGCCGACAAGACGUCGAUCGUCAAAACUCUGAAGAGAGACAACGUUAUUGUCUAUACAGGUCGUGUGCCCGCGGACACUCAACCGCAGAUGUAAGUGGGAGUGUGCAUGUGAAUGUGUUCCAGGCGGAAUCGCCGAACUGUUUCUGUCCGACCGAAGAAAAGAAGAGCUGUAUCUGCUGAAGCGGAAGGGCUUCAUACGCGCAGCAAUCGCGGGCAACGCAGACAUUCUCCCGGUACCCGCGAUGGUUGUGCAUAUUCACAAUCAUUGUAUACAUUCGAUGUGAUUGCUUUGUCGGUGAUGGCUGUACACAUUCACACCAACCACGACAGGUGUACCUCUUCGGGAACACGCAGAUGUACGAAGUGUCACAUGCACGAUGGAUCCAGGUGGGUGCACGUCAUCGUCACAGACGCAGUGUAGAGGUAUCAGGCGUUCUUUCGGUAGGUACUGUCACGGACUCUGCGCAUGUCGCUGUGCGUCUACUGGGGCAGAUUCUUUUCCUUCGUUCCAUUCAGGUAGGUGUGGGUAGGUGGAUCAGAAAGCCCGACAAACCCUCUGUACGUGUGCUGGCUGCAGGACCAAGGUGCUGUUUGCCGUUGGAAAGCCGAUCAAAGUGAACAUCUCGCCCGACACGGAGCCAACGCAGCUCGAGGUCGACCUCUAUCACGACAGAUUCGUCAACGAGAUCAAGCGGCUUUUCGACACUUACAAAGAGGAUCUUCCAGCAUACAAGGACAAGACUCUCACCAUCACAUGACCGACCAACGCCGUGGGUGGCCUUGUUUUUGCCCAAGAUAUGCACUAAAGAUGUGCAUGUUGUGCAUGUCCGCGGCCUUGGUUGGUUACUGAUGGGUGAUGACGCGGCGUUCUUGUGAACAGAAAUUAACAGACGUAUCAUCACCGACACGCCAUAUCAAAAGGAAGAACCACCUGACGGCGCUAACCUAGCU